AUGGAUAGAGCGCUUCGCUCGGCCCUCAAUGCUGCACAACGCGGCCUCCCCAUGAGACCAUUGUACGGUCACAUCUUGACAGUCUUCCUCACAAAGCAUGACAAAGAAACACACGACACCCUUCUCGCUCUCGUCCAGAAACUAGACGAUGAGACCAUCAAGAACUACCCUGACAGUACCUUUGUCGUUGGCUUCGCCCCAGCGCUCUGGAGCCGAUGGACUGGCCGAGACAUCCCUAUCAAUAACGAAGUGCUCAACCACGGCCUCCACUUCAAGGACACUGGCGGGGACUUUCUACUCUAUGUCAAAUCUCCUACUAAAGAGACCGCGAACAAAAUCGUAUCAACCAUCAUCGGAGACCUUCUCAAACUCGCCGAUGAUAUCCAUACUCUUGAGCUAGGCAAACGGCCAGACGGUAGAGUGAUGGGAGGGCGUUAUGUAGAUCACAUAACUAAUCCCAAUGACCCUAUCAGCUUAGCUGAGGAUAUAUUGGUCGACAGUGCCGGCCCGGACAACGGGUCCAGUUUCGGCUUCACGCAGAAGUUCAUUUUCGACUGGCCCGACGUCACCUCUCAGCCCGGCGAAGCCCUCAAUGCCGUAAUUGGGCGACGGCCAGACGGCGAGAUUGUUUCCCAGCAGAAAUACCUCACCGAAAAUGCCCAUAUUAACCGCGCGCAUACCCUUGAUGCGAACCUCGACCAGAGGAAACUCUUGCGUCAAGCGCUGCCCUAUGACGAGUCCAACGGACACGCCAGUCGUGAAGAGGGUAUCAUGUUCGUGGCUUUCUGCAACGAGCAGGAUCGAUUUGAGAAGAUCUUGCAGAACAUGCUAGGCGACUGCCCCGAGAAACCAGUUGAUCGUCUGAUGGAUUUCAUCAAGGGGGCGGGAGGUACAUACUGGUACAUCCCGUCGGCCGGCGAGCUCAAGGUCGCCGGCGUCACGCCCGGAGAUGACACAUACGAAGACACGCACUGGCAAGUCCGCAGCAAGAACGGCUACAUGUACUACAACCACCCAGAUUACAUGCACCAGAUGGCUGAAGGAUACUACAUCGCCGGUGACCAGCCAAGCGUGCGCGUUCUCAGCCUUCUGUCAAGAACAUUCAACCACUGGCGAGACGGGUGGAUGAAGAACGAGAACUUCCCCCGCCUGCCACACCUAAAAGAUCUUCUGCAAAUCGUCAACAAGGAGGCGAUCCCAGAGUCGAUUCUCGAGCGUAAAGGUCUAGCCAACUUCGCAACCCUCGCCCAUAUUCUAUCUUCUCCGAACUCCAAGAUCGCUAAGCUCACCGGCUUGGUUCGCAUUACGCCUAAGGAGCUCGUGGUAGGCGCACUCCCAGACUUCACGCUGGGCAGAGGAAAAGAGGUCGUCACAUACCUAGAUGACGACGAGAUCAUGGCCGCAUGGCUGAAGUGUUCUCUCGAUGAGAGCGGCGCCAUGGGCCACAUCGUCCCUAACUUCCAGACGAUAGUCGACCAGGGUCUCGGCGCGAUGAUCGACAAUUUCGACAAACUCGCGCAGCAGGCACCGCCUGGCUCCGAGAAGGCGUCGUUCUUCAUCUCCGCUAGCGACUCGUUCAAGGGCAUGCAAGCCUACAUGGAGAACUGGGCGGAUAUAGCCAACAACGCGCUCAGGGAGGUGACAAGCUCGGACGACAGAGACAAUAUGGAAGAAGUCAAGGACCGUUUCCAGCGUCUCGUGACCGAACGGCCACAGACGUUCCACGACGCCGUCCAACUCAUAUUCUCCGCUCACUGCUGUCUGCAUCUCGUGGGCGAGUUAACCGCCUUCGGCCGACUCGACCAGAUCCUCUGGCCGUUCCUCAAAGACGAUCUCGAGCAGAAGCGCAUCACUCUCGACCGCGCCCAAGAUAUCGUAGACUGUCUCUGGAUCAAGAUCGGGGAACACGCCUUCGUCAACCGCGCUUUCAUCUACGACUACAGAGGCUACGGCACCGGCUCCGUCAACGGAUUCGGCUCCAACUUCCAUCAAGGCGGCGGCAUCAACCAAUGGGUGCAACAGGUGACCGUCGGCGGCUACAAGGCCACGGACGCCGACGUGCCAGAGGGCGGCGCCAACCCCGUCACACUGCUAUGUCUGCGUUCCGCACGCCGUAUCCCCGUCAACGCACCGAGUCUCUCGCUGCGCACGUACGAGGGCAUUCCCCAAGAGUACAUCGACGAAGCCGCUAUGGCGAUCUUAUCCGGCGGCGCCCAGCCCACGCUAUACAACGACGACAAGCUAUGCGAGGGACUCUUCCGCGCCGGCAAGACGGUCACGCGAGCCUGGUCCCGCGACUACGCGGCCGACGGAUGCUACGAGCCGAUGUUCACGGGAGCAUCCGAGUUCACACUAGCCAACGUCGAGCUCCUGGCAGCGCUAGAGCAGACCAUCAAUCAGGGCGCGACGUACGGCGCCGCGGGAUCGGUGCAUCUCCGCGGUCUGAAGACGACGUUCCGCUCGCCUCCCGUGGAGGAGAUCGCUUCAUUCGAUGACCUGAAGGGGAUCUUCCUGAAACAACUCCAGUGGCUGAUUAUCAAGACAUACAACCUCUUCCUCACCGGGUAUGGGAACUGGGUGGGCAUAUGCCCCUCGCCUCUGCUGUCGGGGCUGAUCGAUGGCUGUGUCGAGUCGGGACUCGACUUGACUGCUGGCGGAGCCAAGUUUCACCUCAUGGGACCAAUGUUCAUCGGCGUAGCCAACACAAUCGACUCUCUCUACGCGAUCAAAAAGCUCUGCUACGACCGCGAGUCCGCGCGCGUCACGCUCCCGGAGCUCCUAACCUGUCUGAUCUGCGACUGGGGCUACAACAUGAUCGAGCCGUACCAAGACGCGUCCCUCGGCCCGGCCAACGCCGCCGCAAACGCAGUGCGGUACCAGGAGCUGCGGAAAGUCGCUCUCGCGCUCCCGAAGUGGGCGAGCGGCGACCGGAGCGAGGAUCUCGACAUGCUCGGCCAAUGGGUGAUUUCGAGCAUGACGCAGAUGUGCGUGGAUACCUUGGACGAGCCCUCGCCCGCCAUCAAACCCCUCCUCGAUUCCAUCUACGCGAAGCACGGCCCGGACUUCGAAUUCAUAGUGACGCCCGGCGUGGGCACGUUCGAAGGGUACGUGGGCGAGGGGAUUUCCUUCGGGGCAUCCGCAGACGGGCGUAGGAGCGGCAUGCCCAUCGCUUCCGACAUGUCUCCCGUCCCAGGCCCGCAGGACCUCCCCGCGGCCCCAGCCCACCGCGACAUCUACGCCGCGAUGGAGAGCUACAAGAACCCGGCCGUGGAGAUCGGGAUAUCUAACGCCGCGCCGGUGGACAUGAACAUCCCCGAAGACUUCCCGCUCGACCGUCUGAAGCAGUUCAUCCGGGACUUCUCGGACGGCAACGUCGGCGGGAAUAUGGUGACGCUGACGUGCGCCGACCUGGACACGUACCAGCGGGCCUCGGAGGAUCCCGAGAAGUACAAUCUCCUGCGUGUCCGUAUGGGCGGGUGGUCCGAGUUCUACCCUACCAUGUUCCCGGAGUACCAGGAGCAGCAGCAGCGGAGACAAUACUUCACACACGCGGCGUAG